ACCGGGACACGGUUUUAUGCAGAGUUGAAGGAAGUGAGAUAUAUUUUACAACAUACGUAGUCUCAGAUAUAACAUAACAUGAAGUUGAAUCAUGGGCAUUCAUUGAAGUUUCGGGAGGAUUUGAGCAAUUGAAUUAGGAACUUUAUAUAAAAAUACUCAAGUACCUACUUGUGUUGUAAAACUGGAAAACGAUUGGAACAAAUUAUAGCUCUCUACAAAAGUAGUUGGAAUUAAUAAAACUGAUAAAGGAUAAGUUAACCAUGAUAUGUCAACAGAUGAUGUCAAAUUGAGACAUACCUUAACCAGUGAUGUCAAGUUGAGAACCAAGUGAUGUCAAAUUGAGGAAUUAUGUGAAAAUAGUGUAAUAGAGGGAAAUAGUACAUGUUAGAUAAAUUACUGUUAAUGGUGCUAAAUUCACUACUAUUAACAGUGACUACUAUUAACAGUAACUACUAUUAUUGGUACAUUAAAUGUACCAGAACAACCAGUAACUUACAGGUGUUGUAUAUGAUUGAUUUUGGUUAAAAUACAUGUAAAUAGAAGGUAAAUACAUGUGAAUUUAACUGAAAUUUUACAAUAAAACUAUACAGGAGUUUAUUGUUGCCUGGUUUGGAUCCAAAGUAUGUGUAGGAAUAUAUGCAGGAUAAUAUGCAGGAUUGGGAAAUAAGCAGGUGUCAGUUAUAACUUAAAACUAGCAAUAGAUAUUAUCCAAGUGACAAGACGCACCAGGUGACAUACUACAAUCAGGUGACAUACUAUAACCAAGCGCCAUAUUUGAAUUAAUCAACAACCCAAUGAAAAAUCUCAAAGGACUUAGAACCAACUAAAGACACACCAAGAAAGCAGAAACCACCCAUCGGACUACUUAUUGGACUGGUACCAGGUGAAUUCUACCCCAUGGUAGCUGGUAAAUGGUGACCUUUAUGAAGUUUACGAGAAUGCAGUAGCUAAAACUUAAGAUUCAGAUACAUAAAAACCAUCAUGGCUACAUUUCGAAAAUUAUUUGGAUUUUGGAAUAAGAAGCAGAAGUCUCCUACUGAUAAAAAGGGUUCCUGGAGCAAGCAUAAGAUCCGUAAAGCCCGGUCACUAGAUACAUUAGACCGUGAUGGAGAUAUCCACGAUAUAAUGAAUGUUCUAACUGCUGCGGAAGGUGAAACAGUACGCAAGAAGAAGCAAAUCCUUCACUAUCAAAAACAUAAAAUCAUGGCAGAACUAGAGACAAUGGAAAAUAUGGGAUAUGGAGAGGAUGUGUUGACUGAUGAUACAAUUACAAAUGACGAGAUUGAUGUCGAUCUUGAACCUGUUCAGCAGGAAUUUAAUCCCGUCAUUGAAAUUGAGGCUCAAAGUGUAAGAAUGCGUCGUGAGAAUAUCGCCCAGUUAUGGACUGGUUUAGAAAAUCAAGGAUUUCAGAAUGAUGCCAUUGAUGACGUUUACAAUAAUAGUCAAAUAAGCGUCGAUUUGAACUUCACCCCAGGCACAAGUACGACUGACCCUACCAGAUUGGCCAGUCCCCGGCCCGGUUCAUUAUUGUCUGAACGUCUCAUAGAUGCCCCUCCCCCUCUACCCAUACGAGCCAAUAGGCCGUCAAAUAAACAAAAUGUUUCGUUUUCUGACCUUGACCUUGAUGAAACUUCAAGUGACUCUGGUUACAAAGAAAAAUCUAAAAAGAAGAAAAGUAAACUUAAGAAUAAAAAGAAACAACGAAAAAAUACCGAUCCUGAAUGGGAAAUUGUAAUGGACAGGCAAUAUAUAAGACGUGUUUGUGUAUCAGAAAAUGAUAUUUUAAACGAUGCUAGCGAUUCUAUUGAAACAUUAGACUCUUCAGAAGAAGAUGUCUUCUCGGGGCAAAGCCAAGUUUCAUUCGCUACACAAGGUUUCAAGGUUACUUUCCAUGAGGAACAAGAGCCAUAUACCCAGAAUGCAAUAUUAGCAAAGGAGGUGCAUAUAGUCCCACCUGAAAGUAACCGGUCAAGUGUAAUUAGUAAUAUGAGUGAAGUAAAAUUUCAUACAAUCUCAAAUGAACGCAAUAUUGAAGGACGAACCAACUUAAAUAACUGGUUAACAUGGGUUGAAGCUCCACAAAAUCCUGAUGGUGAAACCUCGGGAGUCGGAAGAAAAAUGUGGAAUUUAGUGAAUGUAAAGAACCAGCGCAAUAGUGGGGAUUUGAGCGAUGUUCCUCCACCAUUGCCUCCGAGAGGUAAUACAAUUGGGAGAUUAUUCAAACGUAAAUCACCCAGAGAGGAAGAUGUUACGACAGUUUACCCUCAAAAACCUCAAUUAAUGCGUUCCCAAAGCUCACACGAUAUACUCGUUACUGCUGAAGAUAUGCUGCUGCCACCUAGUGACAGAAAAAAUGCUGAAAUAUUUAGCCCAAGCUUCAGGCCAUCUUCCCCCACUCAUAGUGUAUCAAUAAGUGAACACUCCAUUAAUUUACAAAAUACAGAUGCAAUACCCUCAACUAAUUACAAUGAUCCAAUACCAUCAACUAGCUACAAUGAUCCAAUACCAUUGA